GGGAGAGGCGGUUUCACAGUGCGGACCCGAAAGGGAGAUUAGAGCCUCGAAGUGCGCCUGCGCGGAAAUGGAAGGCGCGUUCUCCCGGCCUCACGCAUAAAGGGAAGCACGCAUGCGCAGCUGUUGGAGAGGGUUUUCAGCGUAGGGGGUGAAUACUUUUAAUUACACGGAUAAUGGUUUGGUGUGUCUCCCCACCAUUCGUCAUGGGUAUUGAUUGGAGAUCAAAAGGAGAUCCUCUUUGAAUUCAUGGUUGUAGCGGAAGGGGCGGGGUCGAGGUGUUGUCCGCGUUAAUGAAUGUACACGCAUACUUUGCUGUCGUUAAAUUAACGUGCGAAUUACAAGAAGCGUGUACUCCUUGGGAAUGUGAUGCAUACCUGACUUCUUGCUUCAGUGGCUUUUAAAAAAAAACUUGAUUUGCCUUUGGGAAUUGUGUCGUGUAGUUACAUGGGCCCUGAGUGUUUGUCACAGAAAUCAUGCAGGGGGUGUUUUGCCAAAACUGGGGUGCAGAUUUGGACUAUUGGUUGUUGUUGUUUAGUCGUUUAGUCGUGUCCGACUCUUCGUGACCCUAUGGACCACAGCAUGCCAAGCAGUCCUGUAUUCCACUGCCUCCCGCAGUUUGGUCAAACUCAUAGCUUCGAGAACACUGUCCAACCAUCUCAUCCUCUGUCGUCUCCUUGUGCCCCCAAUCUUUCCCAACAACAGGGUCUUUUCCAGGGAAUCUUCUCUUCUCAUGAGGUGGCCAAGGUACUGGAGCCUCAGCUUCAGGAUCUGCCCUUCCAGUGAGCACUCAGGGCUGAUUUCCUUCAGAAUUGAUCGGUUUUAUCUUCUUGCAGUCCAUGGGACUUCUCAAGAGUCUUCUCCAGCACAUCAGGGUCUUUUCCAGGGAAUCUUCUCUUCUCAUGAGGUGGCCAAAGUACUGGAGUCUCAGCUUCAGGAUCUGUCCUUCCAGAUCUAACUCAGGGCUGAUUUCCUUCAGAAUGGUUGGUUUUAUCUUCUUGCAGUCCAUGGGCUAUUGGUAGAGCCUGUUAUUGCUAUGCCUUGACUUUCUGGCUCUCUAGUUCCUGGGCUACAGCUCCCAUCACACGCCAGCGGAACGGCCUGUCAGCAGAGCUUAUCAACCAUCACUAAGCGUCCCCCUCUCUCGAGAACCCUCUCCCGUAUAGCUGCUUUACAAUGCCCAUCUAGGUCAGCACUGUCUAUACCAGGAGGGGCUUCAGGCCUGGGGGCCAAAUGCAACCCCCACCCCCCACACCUUUAUUUGAUCCUCAGAGCUUUCCCCAGGCCACACCGCUCACUUCACACCCUAGGUUUUUUUGCCUGGAAUGUGGUCUUGAAGUCUGAUAUUGCCUCCUUGUCUGAUAUUGUCUGAUUGUCUGCUAUUGGGUGGAAGAUAGAGCAGAAACCAGCUUACAGUACAAAGGUAAAGUUUACUUUUGAUGCACUGUCUACUUCCGCCUCUGGUCCUACCCACCACACCCAUGGGGCCCUCCAAAAGUUGCCCAGAAAAUAAUGUGGUCCUUGGGCUGAAAAAUGUUCCUCACAGAUAAUUAGAAGGUACUUGAAAGUAUCAAAUAGGCCUAGGAUUAGAAUAAGAAUGUUGUAUAGUAAUAUGGAUUUAAAUUAAUAAGAAAAGAGAUGAAGAUAGUAAAUGGAAGGUAAAUGUAUUAGAAAGAUGAUAUUGGAGAACUGUCACAAAGGUGUCACAAUGAAAUUCAGUUAGGGGGGAUUUGAGGAAAUCAGAUAACAAUGAAAGUUAAUUUGGAUUUUAGAAGUAAUAAGUUUUUAUUUUUAUUUUUUAUUUUUAGUAUUGUAAUGUGUUUUGUUUUGUGUCUUUUAUAUGUUAUAUUUGUUAUAAAUGUGGAAAAUUAAUUUUAAAAAAUUGAAAAAAAGGAAGAAAAAGGUUCCUCACCCCUGGUUCAUACUGACACUGACAGUGACUCCUCUAAAUUUCAGACAGGAGACAUUCACAGCCCUACCCGGAGAGUCUGGGGAUUGAACCUGGGAUCAUCUGCAUGCAAAGCAGGUGAUCUUCCCCUGAGUCCUUUCCCUCCUCAUUUGGGUUUCUCCUCUUUUCUCCAAGGUUUGCCUCGGCCUGAGAAUGAACAAGCAGAAGAAGGCAGCAUAUGCUGAGCAGACCACAACCCUUGACAAGUUUGGUUCUGAUAUCAUUGCUGAAAUUGAGAAGCUCUUUGGGAAGAAGUUCUCAUACAUCAAACCACCCAACAACGAAUGGCAGCUGCCGGAUCCUAACCAGGCUUUUAGCUGCAAUCACAAAGAGUUCAGUUCCCUUGCCUCCUUGAAGGAUUCCCUGAAUGAAGUCAAGAACCAGCUGAGCGACAAGAAAUUAGAUGAGUGGCAUCAGCACACAUCCUUCACCAACAAAGCAGGGAAGAUCAUUGCUCACAUCAAGCAAGCUGUAAAUGCUGAGUUGUGUACCCAAGCAUGGUGCAAAUUCCAUGAGAUCCUGGGCAGCUUCCCUCUCCUCCCAAGCGAUGCUCUUCAAAAUGGGGAACUCAACUCUGUCCAUCUCUGUGAGGCUCCUGGCGCCUUCAUAGCCAGCCUCAAUCAUUACCUCAAGUCUCACCGCAUCCCUUGCGACUGGAAUUGGGUAGCUAAUACAUUGAACCCGUACUAUGAAGCAAACGAUACCCUUAUGAUGAUUAUGGAUGACAGGCUUAUCGCAAACACUCUGCCCUGGUGGUAUUUUGGCCCUGAGAACACAGGGGAUGUGAUGACGCUCAAACAUCUCACGGGACUGCAGCAGUUCAUCAGCAACAUGGCCACCGUUCACCUGGUCACAUCUGACGGGAGCUUUGAUUGCCAAGGAAAUCCAGGCGAGCAAGAAGCCCUGGUUUCCUCUUUGCAUUACUGUGAAACGGUCACUGCUUUAAUGACCCUUGGCCUCGGGGGCUCCUUCGUUCUGAAGAUGUUCACUCUGUUUGAACAUUGUUCCGUUAGCUUGCUGUAUCUGCUGAACUGCUCUUUCGAAGAGGUUCACGUGUUUAAACCAGCCACUAGUAAAGCUGGGAACUCUGAGGUGUAUGUGGUCUGCCUUCACUAUUUGGGCAGGGAGGCCAUUCACUUGCUCUUGUCCAAGAUGAUGCAGAACUUUGGGACGGACAUGGUCGAGAAGGCCCUCUUCCCCCAACACUCCAUUCCGGAAUCUUUCCUUAAAGUCCACGAAGAGUGCUGUUCGUUCUUCCACAGGCACCAAAUCGAGACUAUUGCUGAGAACCUCCGACUCUUUGAGCGCAUGGGCAAGGUGGAGCAGGCGAGGCUGAACGCUUUACGGGAUUGUUGCGUCGCGUUCUUCUUGAACCGGUUCCAGAUGAAGCCUAUCGCCAGAAAUAACUGGCUUGUGAAGAAGCCCCGUGGGGGCUGUAGCAUGAACUCCAAAUGGUGCGGGCAGAGGAACAAAUACUUUUGCACGUACAAUGAGAGGAAGAUUCUGGAGUCUCUGACAUGGGAGGAGAAAGUGGCCAAGGGCUGUCUUAAUCAAUGGGCUGAAGAACAUUCCCUCGGUAACGUCGGGAAAAAAUGCAUCUUGGAAGGGGCUUCUUGCAGCCUGGAGUGUCAGUUAUGGUACAUCUUGGAGGGGCGGAGGUUGCCGAGAGUGAAGUGUUCUCCCUUCUGUGAUGGUGAGGUCCUGAAGAGCCUCAAUGAAGCUCUUGAGAAAUCUUUCGUUGGCAGGGCAAGCGUUGGUGCCCUCAGAAGCCUGACACAGCAAGAGUGCCAAUCUUGCAAUGUUCUUACAGAGUCACUGAUAUUGUCUGAAUUGUCUGAACUUAUGGAGGUUCCAAAUGAAGGUCGCGUCGGCCAAAGAAAGUGCUUGACUGUAGGCUUCCCAUUGCUUUGUGAUGCCAACAGCCCAUCUGGCUUGGAAGUUAAACGCUUGGAGUCUGCAUCACUCUCAACGUUCGGCUGUUCGUUGCUUCACGAUGGGGAACCAAAAUACCAGCAGCAGCUCCUGGAGUGUCUUUUGCGUUCGUUCCCAGAGCUUCAGGAAGGGGACGCUUUGCUCCUGCCCAUUCUUUCUUGUUUUACGCGCUUCACUGCUGGCUUAGUUUUCAUACUGCACAGUUGUUUCCAGAACAUCUCAUUUGCUUGCCCAACCUCAUCUCAUCUCUUAGGGGCCAGCGCUGUACUGCUUUGUGCUGGCUACCAAGGUCUUCCAGAUCCGGUUUUCCAAUACCUGCAGCAGCUAAGGAAGCUCAUGGGGGUACUGCUUGACUCGGACUCCCCGCAGCAAGUCUUGCAGUUUGUGCCUAUGGAAAACCUUCUAAAGGGGCAGUUGCUGGAGUUUCUGUGGGACCUAAAUACCGCCAUUGCAAAGAGACAGCUGCAUUUGAUUGUCCAAAUCGAGCAACAGCAAAUGACAUGAUUUUUAGUUCAAAGCAGCAAGUUGCCACCCCUUUUUUCACCUAUCUGCUGGGGAAAAAAUGUUUCUUUUUAAACCAUAGGGAACCCUUUUUAAAUAUAUGAUAUUUUGAGAUAUCUGCUGUCCUUUGUACUUUACUAUCCUGCUGCUUUAUUCUCCGUUUAUAUACAACUUGUGAGGCCCUGGGGAAAUUUUCUUAUACAGGAGCCACAGCUGUAAUGGAAAAAAGAGUCCUUUUCUAUGCCUAACUCUGACUUAUAAGUUGGGACCAAAUCUGCCUAGCUUAGUGCUUCUUCAGAAGUGGCACUGGCUUCCAUUAAAGGUGCCUUCAGGUGAAUAGGAGCAGUACAUAGCUGGGACGUGUAUGCUCAUUGUGUGGCUGCAUGCACAGAGCAAAUCACCUGAGUCUUUCUCAACUGAUCGUUGCCCUUUGUGGAAAGCAGCAAUAAUAAUAAUGACCCAUUUGACAGAGUUGCUCCACCUGAUAUCACUUGAUAAAGACCCCUACCUGCUUGGCUGGUUCAUGCAUCUGACUCUGUGGCUGCAUAUAGACAGGUGCUUCUAUGGUGGUAUUAGAAAUUAAAGGCAUCCCUUCCACUAGACUCACCUGGGUUUUGUAUAUGUGCUUCAAACACUCUUAUCCCUUUCUCUCCCCCGCCUUUUAACUGUGAACCUAAUUGUGCCUAUUCAGUGCUGUUGAGUGUUUCAGCAUAUGUGAUCUUACGAUAAAACAUUUACCCACUUUCCCAGUUCUGCAAGGCCUUUCCACUCCCAUCCUGGAUUACCCUUCUGCGUUUCUCUAAGAACAGACCCCAGGGUCAUAGCAGGGACAGAACUCAGGUGAAUGUGCAGGAAGAGCUUCUGUUAUAAACAUAAAAGCCACAAGAUUGAGUCAUCAGGAAAGUCCCUGUAGACUCUUACUUUCUGUCAGACAAAGGCGGGCCUUUGUUCUUCUUCCGCCUCCCCUUUGCAAUACAAGAGAAAUGGAAUUCUGGCAUUAUUUUGGUUUGGGAACUGCCUGUUUAAUGUGGGAUAGUGUGAAUCUUGGACGUAUUUUUCCAUUUUUCAUGGUUUCAGUUCACCCUUUCCUCAUUCCGGCGUAAUGAGUGUGUUGUGAUGGCUCAGAGCUACAGGAUUGGAUCUUAACCACGCUGUGAGCAGCUGGUCUGGAAGAACAUUGGCCAGCAAGGGGCUGUUCAGGCAGUGUUAGCAUGUGAAUAACAAGCAGCUAUUGAGUACCUGUCAACCAGCAAGAGCAUUCAGCUGGCUGAAACUCCCAGUGCUGUUAUGAAAGCUGCAUGCAGCCUUUCCACCUGAGAAGUUGUAUCUUCUGCACAACUGCCAAACAAAUACCUUAAACUAGCAUCCCCUGGGAGGUUGUCCUGUGCAAGGCCUACCAGAGCAGACAGGAGCUGUGUGACUCUGCUUCACUGCGAGGCUAGGCCAUCACUUCCUAGUAAACUGUGCUCCUAAUGUGCCUGUGGCCUUGAGCUAAUGUCCGUAUCCAACCCUGCCAUUUCCCUUUUUUGCAAUAACUAAGGUUUUCAGCCCUCUGCUUGGUGAUUAUUGGUCCACAAGUGUCCACAAUCUUGUAGCGCAGGCUCUCUCAGUGCCCUUCUGACGCUUCCCCCAUUUUCCAGAGAGAAUUUUCAUUCCUUUUCACCUGUAAGUUCAAUGUAGUGUAUUUUGAGGAAACUGGGUGUUUCCAGAUGUGCUUGAUAAGCUGGAUUUGGUAAAAAAAACUCCAGAUGUUGUUUUUCCCUUGAUUUUUUGUUUUUAAAAAUUCUUUGUUUUUAGCUUCAAAAGGAUGGUUGACAUUGUUUUGAAACAAAUGGUUGGCGCCUCAUGUCGCUACUUUGAUUUGGCUACUCUUAUUUCUGUUUUGAGCUUUGUAAAUUAUGAACAGCAAGAAAGUUUGAUCUAGAGGAAACUAAGAAAAAAUGAUUUUGAAAAUACAAUUUAUCUUUU